CAGAGAGAGCAGCAUGGCAGAAUUCACCAGUCGAGAGGUUUACCAGGCAGAGUUUGAUCCAAGAAGCUAUCUGGAAUACUUCCAGUUUGGAGCAGGCACCUUGGGUGAUGAAGCCAUUGAAUUUUACCUGAAACACCUUUGCAAGAUCUUUGCUUCAGGGCGCCUGAAAGGGGACACCCUGAUCGACCUGGCCAGUGGGCCCACCAUCCACCAGUUCCUCUCUGCCUGUGAGUCCUUUGGGAGCAUCGUCGCCUCCGAUCCCGUUGAGAGGAACCGCCGGGAAAUCGAGAUGUGGCUGAAGAACAAACCGGGAGCCUUUGACUGGACCCCAGUGGUGAAGUAUGUGUGCGAGCUGGAAGGAAACAGGGACAAAUGGGCUGAGAAGGAGGCGAAGGUGAGGAGGACCAUCCAGCAGGUCCUCUACUGUGACGUCCUGCAGAGCAACCCACUGGCUCCGGUCAGCCUGCCCCCGGCGGACUGCGUGCUGGCUGUGGAGUGCCUGGAGGCGGCUUGCAAAGAUCUUGACACCCUGCGAGCCGCCCUGAAGAACAUCAGUUCCCUGCUGAAGCUCGGGGGAGCCCUGGUGCUUGAAGGGAUCCUGGGGUGCAGUUUCUACAUCGUGGGCUCUCGUAAGUUCUCCAGCUUGGUCCUGACCGAGAAGUCCCUGAGGGAUGCUCUCCACGCAGCCGGGUUUGCCGUUGUCGAGUAUGAGGCAGAGCCCAGGUUUGACAAGGAUAUGUUAGACGCCUGUGAUUUCUCCGAUAAAUAUUUCCUCCUUGCCCGCAAGGAGAAAGAGGCCUAAAGCGGCCAAAGAGCAAAGGGGGUGCCCACGUUAGCCUUAGAGCUGAGGAGGCCCAAGAUCCACGGCCAUCUCUGCCGUUGGCUCAUCGUGCGGCCUUGGCUAAAUCGCUUACCUUUCAGCCUCGGUUCUCUAACCUGUAAGAAUGAAAAUCAUAGCUUAGGAUGCUGGGAAGGCAAAAAAAAAAAAA